AUGGAUCCAGGAGCCCUCCCAGGGGCCACUGCAGGGUGUCAAGGGAAAUCACAGGCACCCAGAGGCCCAAGAGCACAUCCAAAGGCUUUUGUAGGGUCCCAACGGCCCUCGCAAGUUCCAGGGGCACUCCAAGGGGUCAGGAGCCAUCCAAGAGGCCCAGGAGCCCUCCUCGGGGCCCUCCCACUGGUGCAAGGGCCCCCCCCCCCCAAGGACCCAGGAGCACUCCCAGAGAUAUUUGUAGGGUUAGAGGCACUCCCAGGGGCUCUCCUAGGGACCCAGGGUGCCCAGAGGCAUUCCCAGGGGCCCAGAGGGCCUCCCAGUGGACUAGGGAUCCUGUCAGGGGCCCAGGAGCACUCCCAGGGACCCAGGAGCCCUCCCACAGGCCCGGGGGCACACCCAAUGACCCUCACAGGAGCCCAGAAACCCUCACAAGGGCCCAGUGGCACUCCUAGGGGUCCAGGUGGACUGCCAGAGGCCUUUUCUGGGGGCAAAGAGGCCUCUGAGGGACCCUGCCAGCUUGGGGAGCGCGGGUCAGGUCUGUGUUACGGGGGUCAGGUGCAGGACUUCCACAAUCUCCGUCAGAAAUGUUUAGACGAAGGCAGACUCUUCGAGGACCCAGAGUUCCCCGCUGAACACUGCUCCCUCAGCACUUCCCAAAACUAUGAGUGGAAGCGCCCCCACGACCUCACAGACCAGCCCGAGCUGUUUAUCGAAGGAGUAUCUCGCUUUGAUGUCAAGCAAGGGGGCCUUGGUGACUGUUGGUUUUUAGCUGCUGUUGCCACCUUGACCCUCAACAAAGAAGUGUUUUACAGGGUUGUUCCGGAAGACCAAGGUUUUGGAGACAAUUAUGCUGGUAUCUUCCACUUCAGAUUCUGGCAGUAUGGACAUUGGGUUGACAUUGUUGUGGAUGACCGCCUUCCCACAGAGAAUGGUCGCCUUGUCUUCAUGCACUCUGAGGAAGGGAAUGAAUUCUGGUCUGCACUCCUUGAGAAGGCAUAUGCUAAGAUUCAUGGUUCAUAUCAAGGCUUGGUGGGCGGCAUCACCAGUGACGCCAUGGAAGACUUCACAGGAGGUUUAACUGAGAUGUAUGACCUCACUACGGCACCUGCGAACUUGUUAACUGUUAUGCUAAAGGCCUCUCAGCGGGGGUCCUUUAUGGGCUGCCACAUCAGUGCUUCUAACCCUGAUGUAAUAGAAGGUCGCUGUGCCAAUGGUCUUGUAGAGGGUCAUGCUUACUCUGUUACCGGGAUCAAUACUACCGUAGAGUCUGGAAGUAUUCACCUUAUUCGUGUUCGUAAUCCCUGGGGCAACGAAACAGAGUGGAACGGCGCGUGGAGUGACCAGAGUCCACAGUGGCAGUCGAUCACCCCGGAGGAGGAGGAGGAGCUGGGUCUGACCUUUGAGCAUGAUGGAGAGUUCUGGAUGUCAUAUGAGGACUUCAUUACAAACUUCACAGGGCUGGAAAUAACCCACUUGAGUCCUGAUCACAUGGUGGGUGAGGACAUGACAGAGUGUGUUCAGUACAGGUGGGAGAAGAACAUCUUUGAGGGCGCUUGGGUCCGUGGAUCAACGGCUGGUGGAUGCCCAAGCCACCUUAACAGCUUCUGGCACAACCCCCAGUACAGAAUCACGCUGACAGAAGUGGAUGAUGACGAUGAUGACAACUUGUGUACCGUUGUCGUCGCCCUCAUGCAGAAUAACCGACGGUCACAAUGGGAGACCCAAUACAAGUGUAUUCCGAUUGGCUUCAAAGUCUAUCAUCUGGAAGACCCAGAUAGCGCUCCACGUCCCCUAGACCUGAACUUUUUCCAGUCCUCCACUGCCGAGGACUCCCACGAGAACAUGUAUCCGUGCAGGCGCCAAGUAUCACACCGCUUGAAGCUUACCCCUGGCACCUACUGUAUCGUGCCAUCAACAUAUUCACCAAAUCAGGAGGCCAAGUUUGUGCUUAGGGUGUUUUCUGAGAAGCCAAGUGAGAUGGAAGAGAAUGACGAAGAGGUUGGUAUUCCGGAAGACGAAGAGGAGGAGGAGGAGGAGGAGGAGGAGGAGGAAGAAGAAGAAAGUGAGAGCAUUCAGGAGUUCUUCGAGAGGAUCGCAGGAGAAGAUUUGGAAGUUGACUGGCAGAAGUUGCAAAAAAUACUUAACUUUGAAUUAAAAAAAGAGUUUGACAUCGAGGGCAUCACCAAGAGUCUGUGUCAGAAUAUGAUUGCCAUGAUCGACACAACACAGUCAGGAAGUCUUGACCUAAAGGAAUUCCUGCGAUUGUGGAGAAUCAUUAAGGUUUGGAAGAAUGUCUUCAAGCAGUGUGAUGCCGAUAACUCUGGCUACCUAUGUGCCUUCGAGAGUCGCCAGGCACUGAAAUCAGCCGGGUACUGCCUCAACAACAGCAUCUGCAACACUCUCAUGUACUUCUACGGUGAUGAGGAAGGAAAAAUGUCCCUCAAUGAUUUCCUUACGUGUUCUGUCAGGCUGAGAACUACAAUGGAAAUUUUCCAAGAGAAGGAUCCAGACAAGACCCGGAGUGCCACCUUCACACUCGAGGAAUGGAUUAAGCAUUCUGUGUGUGCCUAA